UCGGUUUAAGUACACGAGACAGACACACUCAAAGCAGAGCAGCUCAGCAGCACAAGGAAGCUGGACAGGAUCGCUUGGACUCUUAAUUUCCGCGGGACCCGUCAGUCUCUCGUCUCUGAGAUCUAGGGCUUCCUUCCAAACGCUAAUAUGGCGCCACUUACGGCGGAGAUAGGGAAGACCACCCUCGAUUCGGGCUGGCUCGCCGCCAGGUCCACGGAGGUCCAAUUCACUGGCACUCAGCUCACCACCACUCAUCCUCCAACCGGACCCACUUUACCAUGGAUGGAAGCCGUCGUGCCUGGAACCGUUCUCUCGACCUUGGUGAAGAACAAAAUCGUGCCCGAUCCUUUUUAUGGACUUGCAAAUGAAGCAAUCAUAGAUAUUGCUGAUGCUGGACGAGAGCAUUACACAUUCUGGUUCUUUACGAAGUUUCAGUGUAAGCUGUCAGCCAAUCAGCACUGUGAUCUGAACUUCCGUGGAAUCAAUUACUCUGCUGAUGUAUUUAUAAACGGCCAACAAAUGGUUCUUCCAAAAGGAAUGUUUCGUAGGCAUUCUCUUGAUGUCACUGAUAUUCUGCAUCCUGAUGGUAGUAACCUGCUUGCUGUUCUUGUUCACCCUCCGGAUCAUCCUGGAAAAAUACCCCCUGAAGGUGGACAAGGUGGCGAUCAUGAGAUAGGAAAAGAUGUGGCUACACAAUAUGUUGAAGGUUGGGACUGGAUGGCUCCAAUAAGAGAUCGGAAUACUGGAAUAUGGGAUGAAGUGUCCAUUUCAGUUACAGGGCCAGUAAAAAUAAUUGAUCCGCACUUGGUGUCAUCGUUUUUUGACAAUUAUAAGAGAGUAUAUCUGCAUACCACAGUUGAGUUGGAAAACAAGAGUGCAUGGAUUGCUGAAUGUUCUCUUAAUAUCCAAGUCACGACUGAUGUUGAAGAGAACACUUGCUUAGUAGAGCAUCUUCAAACCCAGCAUGUCUCAGUUCCUGCUAAAUCAAAGUUACAAUAUACGUUUCCUCAGCUUUUCUUCUACAAGCCCAAUUUAUGGUGGCCCAAUGGAAUGGGGAAACAAUCUUUGUACAGUGUUGCUAUUGACAUUGAUGUUAAAGGGUAUGGAGAAUCCGAUUCAUGGAGACAUCACUUUGGAUUCCGCAAAAUUGAGAGUCAUAUUGAUGUUGCUACUGGUGGAAGGUUGUUCAAAGUCAAUGGAGAACCAAUUUUUAUUAGAGGAGGUAACUGGAUAUUAUCUGAUGGGCUGCUAAGGCUUUCAAAGAAGCGGUAUCAUACAGAUAUCAAGUUUCAUGCUGAUAUGAAUUUCAACAUGAUUCGAUGUUGGGGUGGUGGACUUGCCGAAAGGCCAGAAUUCUAUUAUUAUUGUGACUAUUAUGGCAUUCUGGUCUGGCAAGAGUUCUGGAUUACUGGGGAUGUUGAUGGACGAGGGGUCCCGGUAUCAAAUCCAAAUGGCCCACUAGACCAUGACCUUUUCCUGUUCUGUGCAAGAGACACAGUCAAGCUUUUGAGAAAUCAUCCUAGUCUUGCCCUCUGGGUGGGAGGAAAUGAACAAAUACCACCAAAUGAUAUAAAUACUGCUCUGAAAAAUGACCUGAGGCUUCAUCCUUACUUUGGGAGUGUAAAUGAAAUUGGCAAACCUGUAGAAUACUCUUCCUUGAUGUUGAGAGAUCCUAGCCAGUAUCUUGACGGUACACGUAUUUACAUCCCAGGGUCGUUAUGGGAUGGGUUUGCAGAGGGAAAUGGAAGCUUCUCUGAUGGCCCUUAUGAAAUCCAAAAUCCUGAGGACUUUUUCAAAAAUGAUUUUUACCGUUAUGGAUUCAAUCCGGAGGUUGGUAAUGUAGGAAUGCCAGUUGCAGCUACAAUUCGAGCUACAAUGCCACCGGAAGGAUGGCAGAUACCAGUCUUUAGGAAACUCCCUGAUGGUUAUGUAGAAGAAGUUCCGAAUCCCAUCUGGGAAUACCAUAAAUACAUUCCUUAUUCAAAACCAUCCAAGGUUCAUGAUCAGAUUCUACUUUAUGGCACCCCAAAAGAUCUUGAUGAUUUUUGCAUGAAGGCUCAACUCGCGAACUACAUUCAAUAUAGAGCUCUUCUAGAGGGAUGGACCUCUCACAUGUGGAGCAAAUAUACAGGUGUAUUGAUUUGGAAGACACAAAAUCCAUGGACGGGUCUCAGGGGUCAGUUUUAUGAUCAUCUGCUUGACCAAAAUGCGGGUUUCUAUGGCUGUCGAUGUGCUGCAGAGCCAAUUCAUGUACAGCUCAAUCUGGAUACUUAUGUUAUAGAGGUUGUUAAUACUACAUCAGAAGAAUUGUCUGAAGUGUCCAUUGAAGCGUCGGUAUGGGAUCUCGAAGGAACAUGUCCAUACUACAAAGUUCAUGAAGCCCCCCCUGUGCCACCAAGAAAAGUUGUGCCCAUUGUUGAGAUGAAGUAUCCGAAGAGCAAAAGUCCAAAGCCAGUCUAUUUUCUUCUUCUUAAACUCUACAAGAAGUCGGAUUAUAGAAUUUUAUCUCGAAACUUUUAUUGGUUGCAUCUCCACGGUGGAGAUUACAAGCUACUAGAACCAUAUAAGGAGAAGAAAAUACCUCUCAAGAUAAUAUCGACGGUUUUGAUUCAAGGGUCUACCUAUGAGAUUCAAAUGCAUGUGCAGAAUACAUCUAAAAGACCGGACUCUAGACUUACAUCCUUAAGGCACAGUUCAACAUCUAGUCAAGGCGACGUUGGCUUCACCACGGAGUCGGUGGAAGUUGUAGAAGGAUGGACUGGGAAAGAACAAGAAGUUGGUUUGCUUAAGAGUAUAUACAGGUGUCUUGCUGGGAAAAAAGAUGAUGGAUUGAGGGUAACUGAAGUGAAUGGGCAUGAUCCAGGAGUUGCUUUCUUCCUUCAUUUUUCAGUUCAUGCUUCGAAGAGGGAGCAUAGAGAAGGGGAAGAUACUAGAAUUCUCCCGGUUCAUUACUCAGAUAAUUACUUUUCACUGGUGCCGGGGGAGGCCAUGCCUAUUACGAUAUCUUUUCAGGUGCCUCCGGGCGUCACCCCUCGAGUCACUCUGAAUGGCUGGAAUUACCAUGGACACGCCAUCCAUGAAGCUGUAUAGGCAUGUUCCAUGCAAUGUUGUGACCCCCCCCCCGGGGGGAUAAACUGUGUCGAUAAAAUUUAAAUGAAGUUUGGAGAGAGGUGUAAACAAUUAUCAUCUUUCAUUCAAGAAAUUUAUAAAUUAA